CGACCGACCGACCGACCGACCGACCGACCGACCGACCGACCGACCCACCCACCCAUAGACAGACAGAGCCCCGCCCGCCCGCCCCUCCGCGCGUCCGUCCGUGCGUCCGUCCGCGCGUCCGUCCGUGCGGCCAUGGCCCGCGGGCUGUGAGGCGGCCGCGAAGAUGCUGUCGGCGCUGAAGAAGCUGGUGGGUUCGGAGGCGGGGGCGGGGCGGGAGCGGCCCAUCCCGGCCGGCCUCCAGUCGAUGAACCGGGCCCUGCAGAGGAGGUUCGCCAAGGGCGUCCAGUACAACAUGAAAAUCGUGAUCCGAGGAGACAGGAAUACUGGAAAAACCACUCUGUGGCACCGACUCCAAGGAAAGGCGUUUAUCGAGGAGUACAUUCCCACUCAGGAGAUCCAGGUCACCAGUAUCCACUGGAACUAUAAAACCACCGACGAUAUCGUGAAGGUCGAAGUCUGGGAUGUGGUCGACAAGGGUAAGCGCGCUCCCACCUCGUCGGCGGCCUCCUCCGGAUCGGCUGCUUGUUCCCCCCCGAUCGGGGAAAACAAAUCCUUUCCUUUUCUUCGAAUCCGGCCAGCGGUGCUGUUUGCUGAGCCCCUGCUGUGUGCCAAGCCCCGAGCUUAA